GUGGGGCCUUUUGUUCUGUCUGAGGGGAGAAAGAGGAGCGGCGGCCGCCAGCCCAGCCCAGCCGGGGCCAUGUCGUACAUUCCCGGGCAGCCGGUCACGGCCGUCGUGCAAAGAGUCGAAAUCCACAAGCUCCGCCAAGGGGAGAACCUAAUCCUGGGCUUCAGCAUUGGAGGAGGCAUCGACCAGGACCCCACCCAGAAUCCCUUCUCGGAGGACAAAACUGACAAGGGCAUUUAUGUCACAAGAGUGACAGAAGGUGGCCCAGCAGAAAUCGCUGGGCUUCAGAUUGGAGACAAAAUAAUGCAGGUGAACGGGUGGGACAUGACGAUGGUCACCCACGACCAAGCCCGGAAGAGGCUGACCAAGCGGAACGAGGAAGUGGUCCGGCUUCUGGUGACCAGACACUCGCUACAGAAGGCCGUGCAGCAGUCCAUGAUGUCCUAACUGUGCUGUUGCGCUGGG